CAAAUGGAGGAGAUCCGCAAGCGGGAGGAUGAGGAACGGGCCAAGCAGGAGGAGGAGGAGCGGGCCCGACGAGAGGCAGAUCAGAAGGCGUCAACAGGCUCAGCUGCUGUAAUGCCGGGGCUGGACUAUAUUGAUCCCAGGUCUCCAGAUUCUGCCACAUCUGCACUAUGUUCCCAGUGGCCCGUCAAUCUGAAGCUAACCCACCUGGAGUUGAACAAGGAAACACCUCUUAUACAAUUUCAGGGCCAUUAUCUGAACAUGUCGCAACUGGACUAUAGGAUCCUGCAGGCAGAGAUACAGAACACACCAAAGACCAAGGCUUCGGUGGGACUUGGAGAGUUUUGCCUGGUUGAAGAUCUGAUGGCAGGGCUGUGGUAUCGAGGGGAGGUACGAAAUGCAAAUGCAGAUUCCUUUGAUGUGUUCCUCAUUGACCAAGGCAACGUCAUGAGUGUGGACAUUUCGCAAAUGUAUUCCUGUUCAAAUGAGCUACUUGAUCUUCCCCCAAAGAUAGUCUGUGGCUAUUUUUCCAACGUGUUGCCAUUACACGACUGCUGGGAUUCUGUCAUGGAAAAGUACCUCUUGUCACUGAUUGGAACCCAUGUCACUGGCUACAUUCAUGCCCUCCUUCCCCAUAAAGUGAUGCUUUUUGAGGCCACUGACAUCAACCAAGAAUUGGCUGGACGGGGUUUUUGUAAGCAUCUGGAUGCAGACACAUUCCUCCUCUUAGUUAAGAUGCUUACAGACGUGCCCCUUGAACAGAAUAUGGAAAGUGGCCCUGACUUCUACCAAAGGCCAUGGGUACAAAGUGACUUCAAAUCGUUUGGCGGGACAGAUAUGAGUGCUGGAACAUGUGUUCAAUUAAAAGUAACUGCCGCGGUGAACCCUGGCCUUUUCCACUGUCAGGUGAGCAGUGCUGCAUCGGAUUUACAGGCAAUGUCAGAGAGAUUGACUUUAGCGUGUAAUUCUACUCUAAGUGAUCCCCAUCGGACACCAAAGGACAACAUUGGUCUGCUUUGCUCAGUGAAGGGCAAAGAUGGCAAAUGGUACAGAGGCUGUUUGCAGUGCCUUCCUGUAAACUCCAAUGUGAAAGUACUUUUUGUCGACUAUGGAUUCUGUGAAUCAGUCAGAGUUGAGAAUAUUCUCAGACUGCCAGCUAAUUGCUUUUCUUUGCCCAUUAUGGCUUUUCCAUGCACGCUCUCUUCUGUAACUGAACAAGACAAAGACUGCAAACGGAGGCAGCUAUGUCUUCUCAAGAAAGGGAUACUCAAUGGAGUACUCAAUGCUAAGGUCCUCAGUUUGGAUGUGAAACUGAAUACAUACUCAAUCGAAGUACUCAGUAAUGAAGACUGCUUUGUGAAAGAACCAGAGCUGACCCAGGAGCAGUGCUUGCGCUUGUCAGUUCAAGCUGAAGUUCUUAAACCAGGGUCCAAAUCUGUGGGCUAUGUAGUUCAUGUCAUCGAUCCAAACGACUUCUCAUUGAGAACCGAAAAACGCAACGGCGACUUUGAAGACUUGAUGAGUCAAAUGUCAGAGCAUUUCAGUCAAGUAAAGCUCAACGAACAAGUGCUGAAGAAUCCUCAAAUAGGGAAAAUGUGCUGCGCAAUGUAUGAGCGUGACAUGCAUUUUUACCGAGCGGUAGUCAAACAAAAGCUUGACCAUGGAGCUGUUGUACUUUUCAUUGAUUUUGGGAACACAGAGAAGGUUCCAUACAUGCUAAUUAAGAAAAUACCGGAGAAGUUUGCGAGUCAAGCAGCAUUCGCCCUGAGUUGCACUCUGGGUAAUAUCAUGCCCCUGACUGAUGUUUGGACGUCAGCUAACAUUCAGUUUUUCAAACAAACUGUGUUAAACAAAUCCUUGAUGGUCCACGUUGUCCAUCAAAGUAAAUGUCAAAUUGUCGUCGACCUCUUUACCAUGGAAGGCCAAAGUGAUCAAGGCAUUACAGACCUACUGAUCUCUUAUAAGCAGGCUGAACCCUGGAGGUACACACAGUCAGAGUCUGUUAAGCAGGUUACAACAAGUUGGAGGCCCUGCAAACCUAAAGAAUUAUGUACCUGGACACAGCGUCAGGAUGUCGUUCCAAGGGAUGAGAAGACCGUGGUCUCCCAAUUUAAAACUAUGCCAGUGUGUGCACUAACUCUGUUCAAUGGAGAUCUGCACAAUAAUAUCAAAGUCAAUGAGCAUAUUGACAAUCCCUCCCCAAAAACAACCCAAUGCCAACAGCAAGACAUAAGGGUGUUGCCAACAUUAAAUACAACCCACAGCCAACACCAAGACAAAAGAGUGUCGCCAGCAUUAGACACAUCCCACAGCCAACAGCAAGACAAAAGGGUGUUACCAACAUUAAACGCAACCCAAUGCCAACAGCAAGACAAAAGGGUGUCGCCAACAUUAAACCCAACCCAAUGCCAACGGCAAGACAAAAGUGUGUCGCCAACAUUAAACCCAACCCAAUGCCAACAGCAAGACAAAAGGGUGUUACCAACAUUAAACACAACCCAAUGCCAACAGCAAGACAAAAGGGUGUUACCAACAUUAAACGCAACCCAAUGCCAACAGCAAGACAAAAGUGUGUCGCCAACAUUAAACCCAACCCAAUGCCAACAGCAAGACAAAAGGGUGUCGCCAACAUUGAACCCAACCCAAUGCCAACAGCAAGACAAAAGGGUGUCGCCAACAUUGAACCCAACCCAAUGCCAACAGCAAGACAAAAGGGUGUUACCAACAUUAAACACAACCCAAUGCCAACAGCAAGACAAAAGUGUGUCGCCAACAUUAAACACAACCCAAUGCCAACAGCUAGACAAAAGGGUGUUGCCAAUUGGGUUGAUAGCUAUGCAAACAAAAACAACAAAAUUGAGGCCCUGCAAACCUGAAGAAUUAUGUACUUGGACACAGCGUCAGGAUGUCGUUCCAAGGGAUGAGAAGACCGUGGUCUCCCAAAUGAAAAAUAUGCCAGUGUGUGCACUAACUCAAAAUAUAACUCCAAAACCACAAGUACCUUCUGCAUUCCCUGUCUCUUUUUCCUAUUCAUCAUUCAACUUGGGCUGUGGGAAUAAGGAGCAUGUCUAUAUCACACAUAUAAGUGAUGAAUGGGAAAUCUAUUGCCAACUUGACAAGAACAGUGAAAUCAUUGAAGAACUUGAAACCAAAAUCUCAGAGGAGGAGGAGAAAUUACAUGGGGCAGAUGCCACAGCCCCAGUAGAUGGUAUGUGCCUGGCAAAAUACAUUGAUGGAAGAUGGUACAGGGGACUGGCAAAUCCCGUCCAGUCCUCUUUGUAUCUUAAUGUGUUCUUUGUGGAUUAUGGCAACACAAGCAUUGUAGAGAAGAUCAACGUCUUGUCGAUUCCUAACCAUUCAGCUGAACUGCUGUACACUCCCAUGCAGGCAGUGAAAUGUACCCUUGCUGGGGUACCCAAAUCAGAGCCCUUGGCCUGGGUGACACAGUGGCUAAAGAAAACUCUUCUCAAUGAGCUAGUGAGAGCUGUUGUAGUUGGAAAGCUUAAGGAUGGUGCAUUGACUGUUGAGCUGUUCAAUGGAGAUCUCCACAUUAAUAACAAAGUCAAUGAGCAUAUUGACAAUCCCUCCCCAAAAACAACCCACGGCCAACACCAAGACAAAAGAGUGUCGCCAGCAUUAGACGCAUCCCACAGCCAACACCAAGACGAAAGGGUGUCGCCACCAUUAAACACAACCCACAGCCAACACCAAGACAAAAGGGUGUUGCCAACAUUAAACGCAACCCAAUGCCAACAGCAAGACGAAAGGGUGUUACCAACAUUAAACGCAACCCAAUGCCAACAGCAAGACAAAAGGGUGUCGCCAACAUUAAACACAACCUACAGCAAACCCAGAGAAAAAAAGGUGUCGCCCACAAUAAACGCAACCAAAGCAACCCAGAUCCCUAAAAUGCCUACACUCUCCAGUUUUCCCGAAACAAGACUUAAACCAGGUCAACAGGCUUUACGUUAUGUCUCACACAUUAACACUGUCAGUGACUAUUUCCUUCAACUUCAAGAUGAAAAAACUAAUCUUCUGAAUAUGAGGGAGGUUCUCAACUCAAGUGUGAGCAGAGCGUCCCUGAUAAAGAGCACACGAAGGGAGUUGGAAAUGAAAAACAAUGUUCUGGCAGAGUAUGAUGAUGACGGGGCUUUGUAUCGAGCGGUCAUAAAGGGCUCUGAGCAACACGGCUUCAAAGUUGAAAUAACGACAAACUUCAAAGACGAACAAGCCAGACUAGGAAGCAGGCAACUCUACUUUGCCCCCACCAAUAUGGGCCAGGUGUAUCAUGGCUUUGCUGCAGCAGUGAUCUCCCCCUUUGACUUCUACAUAGUCCGCGAGGACUCCCUUCUCAUUAUGAAUGAAGUCUCUGCCAUGCUCGACGAGCUCCCCGAUGAGAUGCCGCCGCUUCCUGAAGCCCACCGUGUCCCUGGAUCAUGCUGCCUAGUGUAUUCAAACACAAAGGGCAGAUGGUGCAGGGCGGAGGUUGUACAUGCUGAAACAACAGUAGUGAUCAACCUUGUAGAUUACGGCCACCACAUACACCUGGCCAGCUACCAAGUCAAGGUUCUUCCGGAAGCACUUAAGAGACCGCCGAAGGUGACCUACCCGUGCUCAUUGAGGGGAGUGAACCCAGUCUCAGAUACAGGGCAGUGGACGGAUAAGGCAGCAGUGUUCUUUCAGGAGCGUGUGUGCCACAAGGACCUCCAGAUAGUCUUCCAGGAGUUUGUUUCAGAUGACCGACAAUGGCAGGUGGACAUCCUUGUCGACGGCAUACAUCUGGCCAAGGAACUGGUGAAGGCCGGACAUUCCAGCUACAGUGACCCUCUUCUUGGACUGAGGUACGAGACAGAACGCCUGGGGAGCGUUUCUCCUCCGAGGGCAUCCCGUAUGGAGAACAUUGGGCAUGAGGUCCAUGGACACAAUUUAUCCCUUCCUGUCCUGGGAAUUUAUUAUUCUUUUUUUCUCUGUUCGAAUGUAUGCUCAAGGCUGGUACAAAAUGUCAACCAGUCAGGAUUUUCACCCUGAACUUACUUUUUCCAUUGACGCUGUAUUAUACAAGCACUGUGAACACUAUAGUGCGUGCUUGAUUAGGUUAAUUGAACAAGAAAAUCCCAAACAUGCAUGUUUCUACAGUCUGACGACAGUUCAAUGUUGCCAUAAAAUUAGGGUUUGAUUUAUGUAUGUUCAGGUUAUUUAUCUGCACCUCAAAAAUAUAUAGUUUGAAAAUUAAAAGAAUCAUUGUAGACUGUUGAAAUGUAUGAACCAGUCAGGAUUUUUACCCUGAACUUACUUUUUCCAUUGACACUGUAUUAUACAAGCACUGUGAACACUAUAGUGCGCGCUUGAUUAUGUUAAUUGAACAAGAAAAUACCAAACAUGCAUGUUUCUACAGUCUGACAACAGUUCAAUGUUGCCGUAAAAUUACGGUUUGUUUUAUGUUUGUUCAAGUUAUUUAUCUGCACCUCAAAAAUAUAUAGUUUGAAAAUGAAAAGAAUCAUUUUAGACUGUUCAAAUGUAUGAACCAGUCAGGAUUUUCACCCUGAACUUACUUUUUCCAUUGACACUGUAUUAUACAAGCACUGUGAACACUAUAGUGCGCGCUUGAUUAUGUUAAUUGAACAAGAAAAUACCAAACAUGCAUGUUUCUACAGUCUGACAACAGUUCAAUGUUGCCGUAAAAUUAGGGUUUGUUUUAUGUUUGUUCAAGUUAUUUAUCUGCACCUCAAAAAUAUAUAGUUUAAAAAUUAGAAGAAUCUUUGUAGACUGUUGAAAUGUAUGUAUUUUUAUGAUGCUUGGUUAGACAAUUUGUUUAGAUGUUAUUGAAGUGGCCUGAUAAGUACGUUCAAGUCUGACCUAUUCUUUAAGAGGAACAUUAAACCCCUCUCAACUACUG